AUGACAAGGCCCGAUUUUAAAAAGGAAUCCCGUGGGAAAAAAGAGGAAUUAAAAUACCCCUGCUCUCCACGUAGCCAGAAAUGGAUAAACAAUCUCCUUCCAGUCUUAGAAAGUUAUAACUACAACUACCUAGACAUAGUUAAGCUGGUCAAAAACUGUGAUUAUAACGCAGAAAAGAUCCAAGUGGAAGUCGAACGUAUAGUGCAGAUGAAUCUAGGCCACGAACAAGGAGAGUGGGAAGUUGUUAAGCCUAAUACAAAGGGCGAAAAGGCUACAUCAAAAACACAACCGAACCCUCAAAGGAAUCUACCUAACAGCUCCAAAUUUAAAGGUAAAAGUUACGUAAAAGAGGAAGGUCUAAAGAAGAAUAGUAAAGUCUCACCCAAAGUUCGGCUUGAUUCGAAGCCAGAAAAGUCUGAAACAGAGGAGGAUAAGAAAGAACUCCUGACUUCCUGGGCUUCAUUGUUGAAGAGAGAUCCUGUAGCAACAGGAUCUAACACAACCCCGACUCUUUCACAGAACAAAUCUCAACAAACAUCAGCACGUGAAUCAAUUAAUUCGGCAUCUAGUUCACUUAACUAUGCCCCAGUGGAUUCUCUUAAUAAUUUGAACCCCUCAAUGAGUGGUAUGCCCUCUGAUUUAAAUUCCUCAAUGAGCGGAACCCUUACGGAACAAAGACUCGAUGAAAAAUCAAGACUUAACGACCGUGUAGGGAGGAUGAGACCACCAGUAGUCAUGCCCAAGGAGUUCAAGUUCUCCGAAAGUAAACUCACUUUCGGAUGCUUAGAAGAUGAACUAUGGUCAAAGCCAUGGCCAGAUUGGCAACACCGAGAUUUCCAAAAGCCAAGGCCAACCAGUAGUAGACUACAGUCGGAUGUUUUCCCAAACUACUAUGAAAGGAAAUCAAUGGUAUACUACGAUGACCCAAACGCAAAGAAAUACGACAGAUUUCAAGUGACAUCAAACGCCUCUUCAACUUCAACACACCAACAACCUGCUUCCACAGCUAACACCGGUUCAAUGAGUUCUGCCAACCUGUCCAAUUUGACAAAGGAUAAUGUGGGCUUCGGUGGCGGGGUUUACUUCAAUUACCCAUACUCUAGUGAACGUCUUCAAAACCCGCCAGGACUUGUCAGUUACUACACUCCACAACCUUUUUAUGGAUUCGGUAACUCAAACGCCAACAACAAUGCCAUGAAAUUCCCAGAAUGUUACAGAGAAUGUGAUUCCACAACCCUGAAUUUAAAAAAGGAAUGUAAUUUACAAGGAGACUUUGAACUCCUAUCCGCCGAAAUCAUCGUACUUUGGGCCUCCGCACUCCUGACAAACGGGAAUCUAACCCACAACGAGCUCUUGUAUAUCGCAAGAACGAUGAAUAGAAGCGAAUAUUCAAAAAAAUCAGUGAAAAUCGCAUUCACGAACCCGCUGUGUUUCUGCCGAAUUUACUCCAACGGCAGGAUUCUCAUCAUGGGCUCCAUAACUGAGAAACAGGCCUACAAAAGACUUGCAAAAACAGUCCGUCAAAUAAAGUAUAGAACGAAAUGGAAGGUUCAGGUGCCAGAAUUGCUGUUUUCCCCUCCCUUUUUUAGCCAACAUGAGUCUGGAAGUCCUGUUGUGACGAGUAAACACUUGAAUACUCCAAGCGUUAAUGAUUUAUCAGACGAUGAAUCGCAACAGAAUAAAAGCAAUAAUGAAGAAAGGAUUGAGAGUAGAGAUAUGUAUUAUAGUGAUUUUAAUAAAAGAAUGAAUUUUGACGGAAAUGGGCUGGUGUGGAAGUAUGUCGACGACCAGAAUAUCUUGAGGGUAUCAGACUCGCUAGAAACCUUUAAAAUCGACCAGCUCCUGUGUAAAGUAGUUCUAGACAAGGAAUUAAACCUUGAAUAUAUCUAUAGUAAGCUUGACACUAAGCUUGUUAACGUUAACUUGUUUCCGAAUUACCUGAGGUUCCAAUUUACCCUGGACGACUCAAGUCCAAACACUGAUUUUGAGACUGAUUUCAGGGAAAACCACACUGAAAUGAACUUUCUAAAAAAUAGUUACUACGAUUUGGAUAUAAGUUUAGAGUUGGAGCGUGUUUUGGAGACUGAAAUUAAGUCCGUUAACAGGUCCAGUUCAUGUCUUGUUUUCAAAAGCGGCAAGAUUAAUAUUUUCGGCUGCGUUAAUAGAUCUGAAAUAAUUUAUACUUUUAAUCAGUUGAUUAAAUUUCUAUUUUAA